CUGUGUUAUCUCAACUAGAAGCGGUUUAAUUAACAGCCAGAGGUAUAAAGGUCCCAGAAAGAAAUGCAGGGUCAGAAUAACAAGAGGCAGCUCGUGAGAUCAGUACCAAAGUACUGCCCAUUUGACUGUGACCGCUUGGUGCCAAGCACUAUUGGUGCCUGCCUGAGACUACCUGUGCUCUAGAAUUCAGGUAAGAUAUGAUCCUUUUUUUUUUAGAUUGCGGUGGGCUGGUUGGACAAAAUUUGGGAAUAAUUUUUGUCCAGUAAUACUGGAAUUAUUUUGCAAUUUAUAUGCCAUUGUCAACGUCUGCAUCUAACAUCCGCCGGGGGGGAAUAGAGUCAAGUCAACGUCAACCCAGCAGAUCAAGUGGGACGAACGACGGUCAUUUGGGGAAUAUGUAUUAAGGGGGGCUUUGACACAAUGGCCAUCACGAGUCAGUGAAAGCCAAGAAAGGCUGACCCAAUGAGGGUGUAUGGGGGGGGGAUUGUGCUAAUUACUUUAUGAUUCCUCUGUCCCGUCAGGGAAAAUGGAGCAUUGUGACUGUCCGGUGGGCGGAAGUCUGAGCAGUGUGAAUGGUAACAUGUUACCGAAUGCGAGAAAGGAGGCAUUGUGUGCUGUCAGAGAAGAGAAAGAGAGUGUGGCAGGAAGAAUGAGAGAGUGUUACAAAAAAGAAAAAGGCAGAGGAAAUGUGACAGGGGGAGACGAAAACUAGCAGUGUCACCGAGGGAGAAAUUCAGAUAAAUGUACUGACAGAGAGAGCGAGAACAACAGACUGCUAUUAGAGGGCCAGGUAGAGCUGCGGGUUAAAUAAUAAGAGUUAGAUAGUAAGCUAUAGACUUUAUAAUUAGAGAGUUAGACAGACAGCUGCAGAUUGAAUAGAGAGCUGCGGAGUGAAUUAGACGGCUGCAGAUUGAUUAAUUAAAAAGCUAGGUUCAUUUUAUGAGUUUGAUAAGAUAUUUAGGUAGAGCCCUGCAUAUUGAGUAAUUAGAGAGCUAAGUAGACAGCGGCAGUUUGAAUAAUUAGAGAGCCAGGUAGAGAGGUGUAGACUGUUCCAAGAGUGGAAGUUGAGUGUAAGAGUGUGUUAUUAUAGACACUGAAAUAGGGAAUUAAACGUUGUGUGUGUGCAGGCAGACACUCAGUUUUGUGAAGAAACAGAUUUUUUUUAACAAGCGAAUCAGGUAAACAGUUCUAUGAAGAGAGGACUACAGUGCUAGGAUUGGAGACACAGAGUGCCUAAUGAGAGAGCUUUUAAAUAAGGGGAUACAGAUUCUCUGAUGAGAGAGUCAAGUACAUAGAGUUUAGUAAAGAGACAGAUUAGCACACAAGAUACACUGGUAACCAAAUGUGAUCUGUAUGAUUAGAGACUUGGCUAUGGGUCUUUAAAUUACUUUACAAGAUUUAGCUAGAGGUCUUCAGAUUGUGUGAUUAGCCAGUUAGCUAAAGAGCUGUAGAUUGCCUGAUAAGACAGCUGAAGAGCUGAAGAUUGCCUGAUUAGACAGCUGAAGAGAUGUAGAUUGCCUGAUUAGACAGUUAGCUAAGGAGCUGAAGGUUGCCUGAUUAGACAGUUAGGUAUUGAGUUGUAUAUUGUGUGAAUGGAAAUUUUAAUAGUACCAGCUUGUAAUGAGAUAGCUGGCUAAUGGGCUGUAUAUUCCUGUAUGGAGGGAGCCCUUUAUAAAUGACCACAGUGUGUCUGUCAGAGUGAAAGGACAGCUAUUAUGUGUGCUGGUGUGUGAAGGUGAGGGGUGGAUCAUUAUCAAAAAGUUAGACUGUAAGAAAGGGAAUGUAGAAUUGAGAAAUGAUAUAGGAAGAGAGGACUAAUACAAGGACAGGACAAGGCAGCAACUGCUAUACAGAGGGCACAGUGACACUGGGAAACACCGAAGAACCAAGAAUCGAAGAGACGAAAAGAAGGUAAUAAUGAAACAAUUGGAGGACUAUAUGGGUAGGACACAUGGCUCAGUAGAAGUUGUUAUAACUUUCUAAUAGUGUGCGAUGUUUAUGUAUUUGCUACGGCGAUGAAGGGGAUGGUGAAACAUAUUAUGACUUGGAUAUCGGGGGGAUGAAAUAUUUUUGAGAUUAUGUAGUAAUACAUGAAGCUAUGGGAAUGGUAUAUCCAGUGUGUAUAUGGAGAUAUGGAAGCCAGCUAUAUGGAGUAAUAGAUUGUGUUACGGGGUAGAUAUAAUGGAGUAAUAGAUUGAGUUAUGGGGGUCGAUAUUAUGGAGCAAUAGAUUGAGUUAUGGGGUAGAUAUUAUGGAGUAAUAGAUUGAGUUAUGGGGUAGAUAUUAUGGAGUAAUAGAUUGAGUUAUGGCGGUGGAUAUCAUGGAGUAAUUGAGUUAUGGGGGUCGAUAUUAUGGAGUAAUAGAUUAAGUUAUGGGGGUAGAUAUUAUGGAGUAAUAGAUUGAGUUAUGGCGGUGGAUAUUAUGGAGCAAUAGAUUGAGUUAUGGGGUAGAUAUUAUGGAGUAAUAGAUUGAGUUAUGGGGGUAGAUAUUAUGGAGUAAUAGAGUUACGGGGUAGAUAUUAUGGAGCAAUAGAUUGAGUUAUGGGGUAGAUAUUAUGGAGUAAUAGAUUGAGUUAUGGGGUAGAUAUUAUGGAGCAAUAGAUUGAGUUAUGGGGUAGAUAUUAUGGAGUAAUAGAUUGAGUUAUGGGGGUAGAUAUUAUGGAGUAAUAGAUUGAGUUAUGGGGUAGAUAUUAUGGAGUAAUAGAUUGAGUUAUGGGGUAGAUAUUAUGGAGCAAUAGAUUGAGUUAUGGCGGUGGAUAUUAUGGAGUAAUUGAGUUAUGGGGGUCGAUAUUAUGGAGUAAUAGAUUAAGUUAUGGGGGUAGAUAUUAUGGAGUAAUAGAUUGAGUUAUGGCGGUGGAUAUUAUGGAGCAAUAGAUUGAGUUAUGGGGUAGAUAUUAUGGAACUCCUGAUGUUAUGGACUACAUCUCCCAUAUUGCUUUGCCAGCAUUAUGUCUGUAAGAGCAUUAUGGGAGAUGAAGUCCAUAACAUCUGGAGUGCUAACAGUUGGGGGUCAGGAUUAUAGGAGGGGUUAUAUAUAGGGAGAGAAUAUAUGGAGUAUCAGGAGUUAUGGCGAGAUGUUACAUGGAGUACAUCGAGAUCGAUUACAUUUGCCCAAUCUAAGACUUCUCAUAGCAAAGCAUUGCAGAAAUAAAAUACAGGCAUGGCAGUCGUUAUAAUCUGCCAAUCCAAAUCUUCUCUGUCGUCAUGGAGACACAUUGGGAGAACACCCAAUAUCCACUAUCUGUAUACCUUGCAUGCUGACGCUGUACAUAAAUUAUUUUCAGCUGGUAAUUUUAAAAAAAAAGAUUUUUAUGCGAAGCCCCUAGUGGCUGUCUGAAGUAAAUCACUGGUGGUGUAGGGGAUGAAAUGAGUCCCUUUAAAUAACUGAUAUUAUCACUGGAGAGUCUUUUCGUAAGUUUAGUCGUUCGCUCCCCACCUUAAUAAUAAUGCGUCACCUUAAUAAUAAUGCGUCAUAUUAUCACUCUCUCCCCCCUCAUUUUUUGGUGUGAUCCGUAUGAUUUUCAGUUUAUUGUUAAUUACUCAGUUGCAAUAUUUUAGAUAAAUAUUUCAAGAGAAAAAAAAUUGUUGAUAUUAUUAAUUUUAUAUCGAACAGAACAUUACUCCAAAAUUCAUGAAUUGACAACAUUUACUGGCAAACAGCACUGAUACGUAAUUGUUAUAGAAUGGAAUAUUGUAAAUGAUACUGUAAGAUCAUAAGAAGUAACAGUGGAGAUAAUCUGACUUAUUCACUAAAGUGAGAAUUCAAAGUUAAUUUCAUAUUUCAGGCAAAAAUAGUUGACCUGGAUGCAUUCUAUAAAUCAGCUAUACUUUGGGUUUGGCUACUCUGGACUUACAUUUUAAAUUCACUUUAGUAUACUGUCAGUGUCUUUAUAUCAGGUCUACCCACUUUCUCAUUUUUUGCAUUUACCAGUGACAUUUUACCCAGAAUUAGUAGCAAAAAACUUGUGUUUCUUCAUUCCUUGGUCACUAAAAGACAAGGGGAGGGGUUGCAGAGAUAGAUGUUCAUUAUGGGACAGGUUGGUCACUCAGUAGUAAAGCAUGUCUCCUGUGGAUCGGACGGUAAGGGAUGUCAAGAACAGUAGAGGCUGAAUAUUAGGUGUAUGAAGUGGAGGGCAGUGGAGGCUGUGUUGGAUAUCGGAGUGAAGGUAAGUGGAGGCUGUCUUAGAUAUGGGGGUGAAGGUUAGUGGAGGCUGUAUGUUACAUAUGAGGGUGAAGGUUAGUGGAGGCUGUAUGUUAAAUAUGGGGGUGAAGGUUAGUGGAGGCUGUAUGUUUCAUAUGGGGUGAAAGUUAGUUGAGGCUGUGUGUUACAUAUCGGGGUGAAGGUUAGUGGAGGCUGUAUGUUACAUAUGGGGUGAAGGUUAGUGGAGGCUGUGUGUUACAUAUGGGGUGAAGGUUAGUGGAGGCUGUGUGUUACAUAUGGGGUGAAGGUUAGUUGAGGCUGUGUGUUACAUUUCGGGGUGAAGGUUAGUGGAGGCUGUAUGUUAAAUAUGGGAUGAAGGUUAGUUGAGGCUGUGUGUUACAUAUUGGGGUGAAGGUUAGUUGAGGCUGUCUGUUAGAUAUGGGGUGAAGGUUAGUCGAGGCUGUAUGUUAGAUAUGGGGGUGUAGUUUAGUGGAGGCUGUGUGAUCGAUAUCGGGGUGAAGGUUAGUGGAGGCUGUGUGUUAGAUAUGGGGUGAAGGUUAGUGGAGGCUGUAUGUUAGAUAUGGGGGUGAAGGUUAGUGGAGGCUGGUGUUCGAUAUCGGGGUGAAGGUUAGUGGAGGCUGUAUGUUAGAUAUGGGGGUGAAGGUUAGUGGAGGCUGUGUUAGAUAUGAGGGUGAAGGUUAGUGGAGGCUGUGUGUUAGAUACCGGGGUGAAAGAUAGUGGAGACUGUGUGUUCGAAAUUGGGGUGAAGGUUAGUGGAGGCUGUGUGUUAGAUAUGGGGUGAAGGUUAGUGGAGGCUGUAUGUUACAUAUGGGGGUGAAGGUUAGUGGAGGCUGUAUGUUACAUAUGGGGUGAAGGUUAGUGGAGGCUGUGUGUUAGAUAUGGGGGUGAAGGUUAGUGGAGGCUGUAUGUUAGAUAUGGGGGUGAAGGUUAGUGGAGGCUGUGUGUUAGAUAUGGGGUGAAGGUUAGUGGAGGCUGUAUGUUACAUAUGGGGUGAAGGUUAGUGGAGGCUGUGUGUUACAUAUGGGGUGAAGGUUAGUUGAGGCUGUGUCUUACAUUUCGGGGUGAAGGUUAGUGGAGGCUGUAUGUUAAAUAUGGGGUGAAGGUUAGUGGAGGCUGUGUGUUCGAUAUCGGGGUGAAGGUUAGUGGAGGCUGUGUGUUAGAUAUCGGGGUGAAGGUUAGUGGAGGCUGUAUGUUAGAUAUGGGGUGAAGGUUAGUGGAGGCUGUGUGUUCGAUAUCAGGGUGAAGGUUAGUGGAGGCUGUAUGUUAGCUAUGGGGGUGAAGGUUAGUGGAGGCUAUGUGUUCGAUAUCGGGGUGAAGGUUAGUGGAGGCUGUAUGUUAGAUAUGGGGGUGAAGGUUAGUCGAGGCUGUGUGUUAGAUACCGGGGUGAAAGUUAGUGGAGACUGUGUGUUCGAAAUUGGGGUGAAGGUUAGUGGAGGCUGUGUGUUAGAUAUGGGGUGAAGGUUAGUGGAGGCUGUAUGUUACAUAUGGGGGUGAAAGUUAGUUGAGGCUGUGUGUUACAUAUCGGGGUGAAGGUUAGUGGAGGCUGUCUGUUAGAUAUGGGGUGAAGGUUAUUCGAGGCUGUAUGUUAGAUAUGGGGGUCUAGUUUAGUGGAGGCUGUGUGUUCAAUAUCGGGGUGAAGGUUAGUGGAGGCUGUAUGUUAGAUAUGGGGGUGAAGGUUAGUGGAGGCUGUGUAUUAGAUAUGGGGUGAAGGUUAGUGGAGGCUGUAUGUUAGAUAUGGGGGUGAAGGUUAGUGGAGGCUGUAUGUUAGAUAUGGGGGUGUAGUUUGGUGGAGGCUGUGUGUUCGAUAUCGAGGUGAAGGUUAGUGGAGGCUGUGUGUUAGAUAUGGGGUGAAUGUUAGUAGAGGCUGUAUGUUAGAUAUGGGGGUGAAGGUUAGUGGAGGCUGUGUAUUAGAUAUGGGGUGAAGGUAAGUGAAGGCUGUAUGUUAGAUAUGGGGGUGAAGGUUAGUGGAGGCUGUAUGUUAGAUAUGGGGCUGAAGGUUAGUGGAGGCUGUGUGUUGUAUAUCGGGGUGAAGGUUAGUGGAGGCUGUGUUAGAUAUGAGGGUGAAGGUUAGUGGAGGCUGUGUGUUAGAUAUGAGGGUGAAGGUUAGUGGAGGCUGUGUGUUAGAUAUGGGGUGAAGGUUAGUGGAGGCUGUGUGUUACAUAUCGGGGUGAAGGUUAGUGGAGGCUAUGUGUUAGAUAUAGGGUGAAGGUUAGUGGAGGCUGUGUGUUAGAUAUGGGGUGAAGGUUAGUGGAGGCUGUGUGUUAUGAGGGUGUAGGUUAGUGGAGGCUGUGUGUUAGAUAUGGGGUGAAGGUUAGUUGAGGCUGUGUGUUACAUAUCGGGGUGAAGGUUAGUAGAGGCUGUAUGUUAGAUAUGGGGUGAAGGUUAGUGGAGGCGGUGUGUUCGAUAUCGGGAUGAAGGUUAGUAGAGGCUGUAUGUUAGAUAUGGGGUGAAGGUUAGUGGAGGCUGUGUUAGAUAUGAGGGUGAAGGUUAGUGGAGGAUGUGUGUUAGAUAUCGGGGUGAAGGCUAGUGGAGGAUGUGUGUGACAUAUCGGGGUGAAGGUUAGUGGAGGCUGUGUGAUAGAUAUAGGGGUGAAGGUUAGUGGAGGCUGUGUGUUAGAUAUCAGGGUGAAGGUUAGUGGAGGCUGUGUGUUAGAUAUGGGGGUGAAGGUUAGUGGAGGCUGUGUGUUAGAUAUGGGGGUGAAGGUUAGUGGAGGCUGUGUGUUAGAUAUGAGGGUGAAGGUUAGUGGAGGCUGUGUGUUAGAUAUGGGGGUGAAGGUUAGUGGAGGCUGUGUAUUAGAUAUGGGGUGAAGGUUAGUGGAGGCUGUGUGUUAGAUAUGGGGGUGAAGGUUAGUGGAGUCUGUGUGUUAGAUAUGAGGGUGAAGGUUAGUGGAGGCUGUGUGUUAGCUAUCGGGGUGAAGGUUAGUGGAGGCUGUAUGUUAGAUAUGGGGGUGAAGGUUAGUGGAGGCUGGGUGUUAGAUAUGGGGGUGAAGGUUAGUGGAGGCUGUGUGUUAGAUAUGAGGGUGAGGGUUAGUGGAGGCUGUAUGUUAGAUAUGGGGGUGAAGGUUAGUGGAGGCUGUGUGUUAGAUAUAUUGGAGUGAAGGACUGUUUGCACUGUAGAACACACAUUACAUACAGACUACAUAUUCUGCAUUACAUGAUGAGUGCAAGGCAUAGAAGUUUCAGUUUUAGAUUAAUGGGGUGAACAUUUAAACAUCUGUAUAUUCAAUAUGUAAAGCAUGGGAGCUGGGUUUGGGUAUUUGCUAUUGGACCUGGGUCGCUGGGUUUGUGCAGAGAUUAUAUAUUGUAAACCUGUGAGCUAUAUUCAGAUCCAACUUCAUACCUUCUACAUAGAACUAUCCAACGUCUUGUAUCGAUUAUUAGGGAGGAAGCCGUGCUGUGUACGCCAGUGGUGUGUUUAUGGAAUCUGGGUGUGUUAGAUUAUGACAUUAAAUGCCACAGUUUCUGUGCGCGCCUUUUCUGAACUGUAAAUGUAAUGUGGCCUAGGGGUUUAUUCACUAAACAGUAAAUUUAAAAUCCAAAAGUUCACGAUAAAAAAACCAAAGUGACCAAAAAACAAACUGGGAUUAUCGCUGUAUCGGAGAUUUUAGCCAGCUUGCCCAAAUUUGUCACUUACUGAUAUACUAUAAUUCAACGUUUGGUAUGUGUAAGGGAUCGAACACGUGCAGGAUUAUUUACUAAGUGAGAAUUGAAAGUGAAAUUUAAAUAUUCCAAAAAUUCAAAUAUGAAUUAAAAAAAUUCUGGACAUCGGCUAUGGCUUGACCUUAAAUUUGAAAUUCACUUUUUGAAUUUACUUUGAAUUCUCACUUUAGUGAAUAACCAGUCCGUGGAUCAAAAAGCAAGUUGUUUUGUCUUCAGUCCCAAACAUUUGUAAUAUAGGAUAUAACACACUUACAGUUUAGUGAAUUUGAUAAAUUAACACGUCAGGAGUUUUUCACGUAAGUGUGAAUUGUAAGGAUUUCAAAAUUAUUUUUUAAUUCUGACAAUUCACAAUUGAUCAAAAAAAGGAAAUUUUAUGAAAAUAUUAGUUCUAGUUGCACCGCUUCAUCAUGCUGUGGAACAGUACAGGAAAAGUGCUAUCAUUGUGUACAUACAGCUCAAAUACUGUAGGAAGCUCUGUACAAAUCUGUACGAACACAGUAUUACAUUAUAUUCAAUAUAAAAUAUAAUAGUCACAGUGUAUCAUUACGUUUUCUUCGAUCUUUGAAGCGAGGAGCUUGUAGAACAGAUUAAUUAUAUUAAAUUACUAUAUAGUCUCUUAUCACAUGAUAAAUAAGUACUAUGUGCACAGACUGUCUCGGGACAAGAAUAUAAUUUUGCCUCUUUAUAAAUCACCGGUAAGACCCCAUAUUGAAUAUGCUGUGCAAUUUUGGGCACCUGUUCUAAAAAAGGAUAUUAUGGCACUAGAAAAAGUGCAGAGGCGGGCUACAAGAUUAAUAAGAAGAAUGGAAUAUUUUAGCUAUGAAGAAAGGUUAACAAAUUUAAACCUCUUUUAGAAAAACGUUGCCUCAGAGAGGAUAUGAUAACGAUAUAUAAAUAUAUCCAGGACCAAUACAAACCAUUGUGUGGAGACCUAUUCACAAAUAGGCUAUAUAUAGGACAUGAGAUCAUGCGUUUAGAUUGGAAGAAAGAAGAUUUCGUCUAAGGCAAAGGAAAGGUUUUUUUUUACCGUAAGAACAAUCAGGAUGUGGAAUUCUCUGCCUGAGGAAGUGGUUUUAUCAGAGUCCAUACAGAUGUUCAAAGGGCUACUAGAUGCAUACUUGCAAGAACAGAAUAUUCAAGGAUAUAAUCUUUCAAUGUAGGGUAAUAACUGCUUGAUCUAAGGAUAAAUCUGACUGCCAUUCUGGGGUCAAGAAGGAAUUUUUUUCCUAGCUUGUUGCAAAAUUGUGCUUCAAACUGGUUUUUUUGCCUUCUUUUGGAUCAACAGCAAAAAACAAAUGUGAGGUAGGCUGAACUUGAUGGACGCAAGUCUCUUUUCAGCUAUGUAACUAUGUAACUAUGUAACUAGGAUGGCUGGCUGAACAUUGUCUAAAACCUCUGAUGGUUAUGGUUUUGCUAGCGUUGUUGUAUAAUUAAAAAUUUGUAGGUUACACUAUAGCGAAAAUAAAUAAAAGACUCUGUAUGGCGAUCCAGGACAGUUAGCAGGUACUAUGCUGUAGAAUAUGAUUAUAAUAUGGAUAUUAUGGUAUUAUUAUUUUCAUUUUAUCACUUCCUGAGAAUAAGUGGUCAUAAAUAGCAGUUUACGAAAUAAUUUUGAUAGAAGAGCUUUUAUCGCCUGUGCUGGUCCCAGUGAUGAAGGUUACGGCAUUGCACUGUGAUUACAAGGUACAAUGGUUCAGCUUAUUAAAAUAGACAAUUUCACACACUCAUUCAUACACUCCCGCCAUUGUUAAUCUUCAAAGUAUGUAGUUAUUUUCCUUCUGCUUCGGAAUGUCAACAUCACUGUGAUUGGUUCUAUUCCGGACUGUCAAUGACAUCAUCAGCACAGCCAAACAGCUGCUUGCGUUAUUUUAAUCAGCACUGUGCUAGGCAAGGGUGAUGUUAAGAGAUCUCUUGUAGGGACUUUAUAUCAAUAUAAUUGCAGCACUCCUAAGCUGAGGUGGACUGUAAAAGGAUGUUUAAAGUGUGACUUCAAGCACUAUGACCACUUCAGUGAUUUGAAGUGGUUAUGGUGUCUGGAGUCCGUAUGUGCAGCUUUUUUUACUAUAAAACUCUGCACAUACAGAGUUUAACCCCUCUGCUGACUCCACCAGUAUCAUUGAGGCCUCGUUAGUCAGCUCGGAACAAGAGUUCCAGGCUUGCCAAUAUCAAUUCUAUGCAUAUUGGACGUCUGACAUCAGCAGACACAGCGUGUUGGCGACACAAGUCCAAUGACGGAACAGCGCACUCCGUUCCCACUAUGUCCUCUUCUCGGCCCAUCCUCCGCAUACAUUCCUUCCCCUUUAGCAAGGGAGAGUGUCGUUAGCAGAGAAGGAUCGGGCUGGGGGGGAGAACUUGGUCUCAGUACUGAAAUAGAGGUAUUGGCAUCAUUUAUUUUAACUAUUUGUUUAGCCAAGGGUUACUGCAACCAAAACAAGUGUUUUCUUAGCUUUGUUGAAAGCUGUGAUUUCUCAGAGCCUGUAUAGUUAGGCUUGGUCUAUAUUUUGCCAAUGAUAGCCACCUUUAGGUUCCCAAAAUAUCUGGGGCUUGAGUCCAAAGCACAUAUAGAAGACUUCUCUCCUGAAGCCCCAACUUCUCUCCCCAGCAUCUUGCUUUAAUUGUACAUGUCCUACAUCUUGAUUCCUUACACUCCGCUCCAGACAGCACGUAUGUAGGGGCUACUUAAUUAUUACCCCCAGAUUAAUGUUACCAUUUCCCCUUACCCCUCUUUCCCCCUCCUCAUCCCAUAUCUUCAUCUCCCUCACCUUACCCCAAUGUUACCCUCUCCUCACCCCAUUCCUGUCCUUCUUCAUAUCAUUAGCCCUCCCUGUCCAUCCUCAUGUUGUUGAUCCUCAUCACUCACUGACCUUUGCAAUAUCAUGGGCCUUCUCUUUCUUUUUUCCAUUUUUUGCUGUUUUUUUUCUUUUCAAAAGAACACUAAAGUGUUAGUCCCUGUCUCUAGUUAUAUAGGGGUGUCCCCCCCCAGUCACCCUUUUCCAGUGCCAGGGCUCCUUCGGCAUAGCUUACCUCUCCACCUUCUGCAACAUCAUAGAUGAGGCAUGGCCUCCAUUGUGGUGAUCAAAUCCAAUUCUUCUCAUAGAGGAGCAUUGAUGUGCAUGCGCAGUGAGCACCCCACGCUCAUCAAAGCUUCCCUACAGGAAAGCAUUGAAUCAGUGAUCAUCUUGUGCCAUUACAAAGAGAACCUAGGACAUUUGCAUAUCAGACUGAUCCCACCAAAAAUGGUGGUCAAGAUCUGAAAUGCAUGAGAGAUACAGCAACCCCAGAUGAUUUUUUUUCAACUAUUUUAGGCUUUGUCAUUGAGGUAUAACCGAGACCACUCUAGGCACUGUGAGCAAGGGGUCCUUGUUUGGAUUACCCUGUGAAGCACCCUGUUUUAUUUCUCUCCCCAAGUUAAAGGAUAAUCCAAACGUGGACCCCUUGCUCACGGUACCGAGAUGGGUAUCGGCUAUACCUAACUGACAAGGUCGAUAACAACUCUUGGAGGUUGCUUUAUCUCUUGUGCAGAGAGAGCUUGCCUGUAUUUCGGAUCUGGACCACCAUUUUGGGUGGGAUCAUUCGUAAUGGCACAAGAUAAGCUAAAACCAGCUUGAGAUCUGAGCAGGGACCCACCGAAGGGCAAACUACUUGAUCUGUUGUCUGUUCUCAGUAAUCUCUUGCGUCCUGAUUUUUUUUUUAUCACAUCCACAGUCACGCCAUAACAACAUAAAGGAGCACUGAUCAGUGCUGAAUAAACUAGUAACCAGUGUAGAUGUAUUACAAUUAAAUUGUAUCUAUAUUCCAGCCACAGCAGUUAAUAUGUGAUUAUAAAUUGUGCUUCUUUACUAGACCAUUCUGACAAAGCACAAUAAAAAAAGAUAAGAAUCUUUGCAAAUACAUUUCAUAAUAUGCUGACUGCGCGUUUCACAGCCUAACAGCUGAUCAGACGGUUAGCAUCAGCAUGUGUCUCAGCCAAUCAGCCGCAUGCAGCAAGGCAGUGCGUGAUGGGGUGACGGACCCUCUUUUUUACAUUUAAUCAAAACAGAGGAACUAGUUAGGGAUCCCCUCGAAAAAUUCUGCAUAGGGAGGUAGCAUGCAUGCUUUAGUACAUAACAUAUAAUUUUAGUCAGUUUUGCUCCUUUAACCCUUAUGGUGAUUUUUCCUUGUUUUUGAGAAGUUGCAAAACUUUGCAUUUUUUUGGUUCUACUUUUAUUUCGUACGUUCUUAUCAAGUGUACCCACACAGAUUAUAAAUUGUUUUUUAAAGCACUUUUAAAUGAUACACGUACCUGGAUUAUGUUGGAAUGUGACAGUUGGGAGUAUUCAGUACAGCAUAGGGGUAUAAAGGGUGGCGUGGCAUUUUACGUGUAAGAAGCAUUUGUAUGGUUUGUUGAGAUGAAUCAAUGAUUUUCUAUAUGUUAUCAGCAUGAUGACGAAUGUGUGUUUGCAAGAGUGUUAUGCAGUAUUGAGAAAAUGACUCGGUUUUUAGAGUGAGACAAUGACAUUGCAUUCUAAAGGAAAAUCAAUGGCGAAUUUUUGAGAGAAAUAACUUCAAAAGAAAAAGUGAGGGAAAGGUGGCGGGAGGAAGAAAGGGUAAGGCUCGGAGGAAAGAGUAAGGGGCCGGGGACAUUUGGAUAGUUCUUUCUCCUUUUCUAACUUUAUUUCAUGUCCUUUAAGUACUUCCUGAUUAUACAUAUAAACUAAGUGGAAGGGGAAUUGUGCCAUUGUGAUCAUAUGUAGAUAGACAAAAAUAGUUGUCCUUUCUGAUAAUGCCCUCCCCAAAAACACUGUUAUAUGUACUAUUUAUUUUACACCAAUUUCUUUUUCUCCCCAGACCUGAGGCAAUGAAUUGGGCAGGCUUCUACGCGAUCCUAAGUGGAGUGAAUCGUCACUCCACGGGCAUCGGACGGAUAUGGUUGUCUGUGGUGUUCAUCUUCCGUAUCAUGGUCCUUGUGGUGGCAGCAGAAAGUGUAUGGGGGGAUGAGAAGUCUGCGUUUACUUGCAACACACAACAGCCAGGUUGUAACAGUGUGUGCUAUGACCACUUUUUCCCCAUCUCACAUAUCCGUUUGUGGGCUCUUCAACUCAUUAUUGUGGCCACGCCUGCCCUCUUGGUAGCCAUGCAUGUGGCACACCAGCAACACCAGGAGAAGAGGCUGCUACGCUUGACCGGACAUGGAGACCCUAGCGAAUUGGCGGAGGUGAAGAAACACAAGAUCAGAAUCUCCGGUACUCUGUGGUGGACCUACACAAUAAGUGUGAUCUUCAGGAUCGUAUUUGAGGCAGUCUUUAUGUAUAUAUUCUACCUCAUCUACCCUGGUUAUAACAUGAUACGUCUUGUUAAGUGCGAUGCCUAUCCAUGCCCCAACACUGUGGACUGUUUCGUGUCUCGUCCCACCGAGAAAACCAUCUUUACGGUCUUCAUGCUUGCUGCCUCCGGGGUAUGUAUCAUUCUGAACGUGGCCGAAGUAAUAUUUCUCAUUGGAAAGGCUUGUUCUCGAAGAGGUCGUAGUCAGGAUAGCUCCUAUGGAGAUCAAGAGCAACGGCAAAAUGAGAUGAACACUCUGCUCAAAGGAGGUAGUCUUAUCAAACGGGCGCCGGGGAGCCAGGAGAAACUGGAACACUGCUCUACAUCCUAGAGAUUUGUCUUUGGCCUCACCUCUGGACAAAAAAGACAGAGACAAGCUGACAUCACUAUUUAUGUUACAACGGCCUAAACCACACAUGGGAUUGUUUACAAACUUCAUACACGGAUAGAGAUAGAAUAAAGCAAGGAAGCAAGGAGACAAGCAAAACUGAACAAGUGAAAGACUAAUUUAAGUCUUGAAUGUCUGGUCAAGACAAGCCAGUGAUUGUGCAUUAAUAGUCGUUGUGGGCAAAUGCCCAAAAGUAUCUUUACCACGUUUGGCUGUUCUGACAUUCCAUUGCCAUGUUGAUUGCACAUCCACUGAUAGUGGUCUACUCUGCACCAGUGCCUCACACAGUAUUCUUCAAUAACUAUGGGGAGUGGUGCUUUUCACAAAAGGGCGUUUUUGAGGGGGGUGGGGGGUUGUGUUUGGGUUUAUACUGCCAAAAAUUGAGGUUGUUUUAAUAUUCACAUGAAUUGUUAUUAUUAUAAUAAAACUGAGCAUAAAACAUUAAAUGUCUUCUUGUGGCUACCUUGAUAUAAUAGUCUGUGUCUUUCUCAGUAAAAAGAGAGCUAGUAUGUUCUGGGAGCAAACAAGAGUGCAAAUCAGUAUUAGUAAAAGAACACUCUG